AUGCCGCCUAUACUAAAACUCCUGCCGGUACUGCUGGUACUGGCAAUUAAGCGAUACCAUAAUGGCAGUAUCGUAAGCAGUAUCUAUUUGCGGCAGCGCCGAUACUGUCGGUACUGGCGGUACCGAUAUAUUGUCGGUACUGUCGACACUGCCGGUACCGUCAAUAUUGUUGGUGCUGACGGUACUGUCGACACUGCCGAUACCGUCGGUACUGCCGAUACCGUCGGUACUGCCGAUACCGUCGGUACUGCCGGUACUGCCGGUACUGCCGAUUAUGUCACCACUGCCGAUACUGACGGUACCCCUGAUGUUAAGGAUGAUGCUGAAGAUCGCGUGCGUUGCCAGUACCGGCAGUACUCCCGUCAGACCCUGGUUUUGGCCAAUGGUUCGACGGCACGCAGGUUUGGACAGGAGGACAACUUUGUGCCAACGCAGACGCGGCUAUUUAGCCGCUUGAGGCAGAUCUGCGUGUGGAGGGCAAUGACGCUACUUGUUGAUGUUGACGAUCCUAUUGAGGACCUUGACAAGGAGGUUGAUGUCUAG